GUUUUACAUUGACUAGCGCCGAUGAGUCUUUCAAACGUGAGUUAGCGACCAAUUAUGAAUCCUAACAGGUAAGUCGCGUCAACGAUCAAUAGGAAUACAACGACUGCUUUUGAGCUCGGGUUGGACAAAACGGAGACUGUUUAAAUAUCUACAUUUGAAUUACACUCUGGGAGGCUAUGUUGUAACCGGGAAGGGAACGCAUUCAAGUUUUGACAUUUCAAUUCUCCGAAUAAGCGGAACUGCAACACCAUGGACGGCAGUAGGCCGUCUGGUCAGGAUGCCCACAGGGAGCAAGGGUCCAGACAAUACCCCGUUGUGAAUCGACCCUCCCGGUAUGCCGUGCCAGCUGCCCCGCAGCGGAGGUCGCGGCUGCUGCAGAUGCGUCAAGACGACGCAGACACACCUGCCCAGCAGAAGAAUUGCAAAGAGUUCCCGCAAAGUCGGUUGGCGUUGGCUCUGUACCCCAUGGAGCACGCGUGGAUGCUGUCAGCCGCGGAGGGCAACUGCGACGCACUGCUCGAGUUUGUGUCCGAGGAGCCGCUGCUUCUCACCAGGAGGGACUUCAUCAGCGGCUACUCGGUGCUCCACUGGCUAGCCAAGAGAGGCCAAGACGAGACGCUGCUUAAGCUGCUGCACCGGGCCGAGAGAGCCGGAGGGCGGCCGGUGUGCGUGGACGUGCGGGGGAGCGGUGGCCUCACCCCGCUACACGUGGCCAGCAUGCACGGCCACUACGCGGUGGUCAAGCUCCUUGUGGGUGCGUUCGGCGCUGACGUGGACGUCAUGGACUACGGCGGCAGGCGGCCCUGGCAGUACCUGCGGCCGGACGCCCCCCGCGAGAUGAAGGAGCUGCUGGGGACGUGGGAUGACGAGCACGCCAGCAGAGGGGACCGCAACGCCAACAAGAACUGUAACAACAGCAGCGGCGAUGUGACUGUGACGCCGGGCGAGGAAGCGGAGGGUGUGGCGGACGAGGUGGACUGGUUUAAGAGGAGGGGGGGCAGUAGGAGGUUCGGCUCCCUGACAAGGUUCUUCUCAUUCCGCACCAUUAAACACUAACAUUUUCACUCACUACAUCUUCUUGUGGAAUCAUUACCUUCAAAGUGCUUUUUGGAUCUCUGCUUCUUCCUAGCAAUAUUUGUGUAGCAGUAAGUGUAGCUUAUUUUUCCAUCUUGGGUACUGCAGUUAUAUUUGACUGAAACCAGCAAAUGUCAGCUAUAAACAAACAUCUGCAGUUCUGGGCAGAUUGAGGGUGAAAACCAGAGACUGCUUUUCUCAUUUUGCUGUUUGGUUCCCAAUUAAACAUUUGAAGUCAAUCAGUUUUUGCUCCCGCUAUAAUUGAAGUGCC